GCCGUUACUGGUAAACAACAUCUAAAUGGAUUCGAUAAAGAUGGACGACCAAUUCUAUAUUUGAGACCUGGAUUAGAAAAUACUUCACCUGGUCCUGAUCAAUUACGCUUUAUUAUAUUUAAUUUUGAAAGUGCUAUUAAAAUUAUGCCAGACAAUGUAGAGAACAUUGUAAUUAUUGUUGAUUUUAACUUUAAUAAUUGUUCCGCUCGAAAUAGUCCCGGUUUGGGAGUGGCUAAAGAAUUUAUGAACGUUUUAAGUAGUAAUUAUCCUGAGCGAUUGGGAUAUUCUAUGAUCAUUAAUGCUCCUUGGUAUUUUUGGGGAUUCUUUAAAUUACUCUCUCCUUUUAUUGAUCCUGUUACAAAAAAUAAAAUUAAGUUUGUUGAUAUUAAGAAUCCUAGUAAAGUUACUCAAGAUUCUAGUUGGGUUAAUCCUUCAGAUUUUAUUCUCGAAAAUCAAUUGGAAUCAGAAUAUGGUGGAUCGAACCUUUUUGAAUAUCAUCAUGAGACUUAUUGGAAAGCUUUAUGUGAAAAA